AUGUUGCUCAACGCGCGCUGUUACAGCCUUGCUGAGACCCCGGACAAACAAAUUCGACAACACACGUCAAUAGAGACUGGAGGAACAAUCGAAACCCAAGCCAGAGGAGGAAUAUCAGCUUCCGCUCACAGACAGGGAGCAAAUCCCGAUCCGUCUAUCAGCUCUGGAUCUCAUACACCCUCCCGCUUCACCAGCGGCAAUACAUUCUGGGCUCUAGCACCGACUCGACUCGACGCGCGCUGUGCCCAGAGGCGCGCAAAGAAGAUGCUGCUUUUGCAUCAAAAAGGCAGUGUCAAGGUUGGUGAGGUCAUACGCUAUACCCUAACCUACACGCCGUCUGCUGAUCGAAUUCUUCCGCCUCCUUCCGAGCUUCAUGUCAAAAUACGAAAUUGCUCUGCCAUCCCACUCCGCGCGGCAUAUUUGCAUGGCCCAUAUACUCUCUAUACAGCAGUGUAUCCCGCGAUUUUCGAUCCGAAUGUGAAGCUCGAAUCGCCGGAGGAGAACGGUAUCCCACAAUUUGAGUCGAAUCUCAAGGCAGGCGGGACAUGGAAUGCAGUGUUGCCUGUGCCAAAGAGAAUCAGAGAAAGUAUAGACGGCGAAGAAAGUAUCACAUGGAUCAUCGAAGUCACUUCUCAGGUUGUCUUUUCCACCUCUGCCACUGUGAGCUAUGAAUUGCUCGUGGGAAGGGACCAGAAUUCUCUCGACCUAGGAUCUACACUACUGGGAGCAGGUGAAGAAUCGAAAGCCGGACAGCUACAUGACCAUCAACAGAGCCGCAGGCAUGCAGAGAGUCAUCACCAUCAUCAUAAUGCACAACCGGCAGGAGUUUUUUCAAAAGCUGUGGAGCUUGUUGUAGACGAUACUGCGAGCCUCUGGAACAAGCCGGCCCUACCGGUUUGGCCCCAAGAUGGCGGCCUCAGAGAGGGCAAGCCGGGCUUACUUCGGUCCGAUACACGCGCCUCACGAUCUUCAAGGACCUCACGGACGUCGCACAAAUCAGAACAUGCUGCGGAGCAUCCAUCGGAAGGGAGUAGGCCGGGUAGCCGCCAGGGACCAAAAAAGCCGAGGAAGCAAAAGAAGGUGCACUUAGUGGUCUUGACACAUGGGCUUCACAGUAAUCUUGGCGCCGAUAUGCUCUAUCUCAAAGAAAGCAUUGACGCUGCGGCCAGGGAACGGCGAGAGGCUGUAUUGAGAAGACGUGCCGAGCGUCGUGCGGCGCAACGGCAAAAGCAACCUGCAACUGAUUUCAAUGAUACCGAAGACGCAGCGUACAGUCAUGACACUUACUUGAAGCCUGGCCCUCGGCCAUCAAGUCGUGAUACAGAUAUCGAUGAGGAGGAUGACGAUGACGAUGAGGAAGAGGUCAUUGUAAGAGGCUUCCCGGGCAACGCUGGGAGAACAGAAAGGGGCAUUCAGCACCUUGGUAAACGUCUUGCCAAAUAUGUACUGGCAAUGACUUAUCCGGAUCAACCGUUUCUUCCAAUCAAAAAAUCUGUCAGGAGAACCUUGUCAAAUUCACUGACCGGACAAGCCCCCCACGAUAUGCACUCCGGCGCGCCCGUCCAUGCAGGGAGUAGCAUUUACAAGGGACCAAGAAAAAAGGGCGAAGAGCUGGCGUACAAAAUCACUAGCAUAAGCUUCAUUGCCCAUUCUCUAGGUGGCCUCGUUCAAACAUAUGCUAUUGCUUAUAUCCAAAAGCACUCGCCUCACUUUUUCGAACUGAUCCAGCCAAUCAACUUUGUUGCACUGGCAGCACCUUUUCUCGGGUUAAGCAACGAAAAUCCCCUUUACGUGAAAUUUGCUUUGGAUUUCGGUUUAGUCGGACGCACGGGGCAAGAUCUAGGUUUGACCUGGCGAGCUCCAAACCUGGCACGAUCUGGGUGGGAUGCCCUUGUGGGAGGACUGGGCGGUGCAAAUCAGAAACGUCAUGAACAGCAAGAUCCAGGGGCGAAGCCGCUAUUGCGUAUUCUUCCCACUGGCCCUGCGCAUCAAGCUCUCAAGCUCUUCCGCAACCGGACAGUCUACUCUAACGUCGUCAAUGAUGGCAUCGUUCCACUUCGAACGAGUUGCCUCCUCUUCCUCGACUGGAGAGGCUUGGGCCGUGUGGAGAAAGCUCGAAGGGAAACAGGCCUCGUAGGUACUGCCCUUGGCUGGGGCUGGGCGGAGAUCACAGGGGCGAAUUCUACAGCACAGGUUUCACGCUCUGGCAAAUUCGGGUCCGGCGAACAGGCCCCCGACAUGGAAAGCGUCGGCAGUAGUACUCCUGUCCGCGGAGAAGGAACGACGGUUCCACUGCCCCCAGAAAAUGCAACGGAAGAAGACCGUACAUUUCAAACUGGAAUAAGCCGACUACCUACUGCACAAGCUGGCGGAAUCUCGGGACCAUAUCAAGACGAGGCAUCUCGUGCGGGCAAGUCACCGCAACCAACGAGUACCCAGCAGCAGCCAUCGAACCCCCUGAGCGGGCUACUCUCCUUUUUCAACCCAAAGUCGCAAAAAGGCUCCAAGUCCUUGAAGAUUAUCAAGCGUAGCCAAACAAUGCCGUCCGACAACGGGGAAUCGUCUCCCGAUCGUCCAGCAAUACAUUCGCGGGAUGAAUCCUUUGAUGCAUCAACGGAGGUUAGACCAAGAGUAACGAGGGGCGAUUCAGUCGCGGACGACGCCGGCAGUUUCAUUGCUCCGCCAAAAACGACAGUGUUUGAGUCUGCUGGAGAUAUCUUGAACCCACCAAUUCCCGAACUCGAAUAUCUGAUCGAUCCCACGGAACGUCCGCGCACAAUUUUCCAUGACCGCGUCUACCACCCAGACGACAUCCCUCCGCCUCCAAUAAAGCGACGAACGGGCAUUGGCCGCUCGUUUUCCCGCGACAAGACCAAUAAUGCUGAGUUGUCACUCUCGCCCGAACGCCGCGACAGUAACCAGAGCAGUUCUACGUCUGGCUCGAUCGAAAUUGGGAGCAUGAAAGUUGAGGAGAAGAUUGCACGAGCAUAUCACAAAGACCUGUCGUGGCGCAAGGUGCUUGUCCGCUUAGAGCCAGACGCGCACAAUAACAUGAUUGUCCGCCGCAUGUUCUCCAACGCAUAUGGCUGGCCCGUCGUCAAGCAUCUCGUGGAUACUCACUUUGCCGAUACGUAUGCCGCGCAGACACGCGACGAAGAUGAGCCCAGCCGGGAACGCGCGAAACCCAUGGUGGAAGGAGUAGGCAAACACGGCGAGGAAGUGAAGAGUAACAGCAACCUCUUGCAAUCGAAUCAACCGCAGUCCCAGCCCCAAUCCAACCAUGCCCGCUCUGCGAGUGAAAUGCGCGAAGCUCGGGAUCAAAUCACAGACUUGAGGUCAUCAAUGACCGGUAGUUUUGCAAGUACUCACAACAGUGUCAGCGGCAGUGGAAGCGGCAGUAUUCCUGGCACUGGCACAAAUCGAUCCUCACAACAACAACAACAAUCGCCCUAUCAUACUCUCAUCCGAGACGAGUCUGGCAUAUGGACAGAUGCCGCGUUCGAUGGAAGCCCCGAUUCGGAAAUGAGCUCCAUGCAUGAUCAUUACUUUGCUAGCUCGCCCGAGUCCAGCUCCAUUGACCAUCAUAAUUACUUCUCGCCCCCGCCUCGACGCGUCCUCUUGCAUCGUUCCAGCCAAAGCCAUUAUACCAAUCACUCGGAGCCUCUCGAGUCUUUCCCCGAAGCUGAUAACGAUGAUCCACUCGCAAUUGUCCCCGCGUCCGCGAAGCCGGAGAUUGCAGACCAUUUGACUGCCUCGCCGGUGCAAAGUCGUCAUACCCUCGCCCCAGAAGAUAAUGACCAUGAAUCGUCGUCCUCACCACUCCUGCAUAGUCCGAAACUGGGAAUGGGAGCUGGAGCUGGUGCUGCGUCUGCGGUAGAAGUAGGAUUGCGGAAACCGGUAGAAGAGUGUUUGGAGCAGGAUGCUCCGGUAAAGGCUGCUGCUGGUGGUGCAACUGGUGGUGCUACUGGUGGUGCAGGGGACGCAGCGGGGCUGGAUAAUAAUGGACCUGGAUCGAAAAGUCCUGGAUCAAAAGCGUCAAGUCAUGUUGCCGAGAGAGUGGCCCGGCUUAGCUUCUCCAAAGAUCCUACUGAGCCCAGUGGUUAA